UGGUAGCCGCGCCGGCGCUCUUCGCCGGGUGUGACGUAGUAAUCGUGCGCCACCACCGCCGGUGGGCCUGGGGCUCGCGGGAGGGGAAGGAGGAGGAGGAGGAGGAGGGGGAGGAGGUGGUGGUGGUGGUGGUGGUGGUGGUAGUGGUAGUAGUGGUGGUGGUGGAGGUGGAGGCUGAAGCAGAGCAAGAGGCGGCCGCGGCGGGGCGGCUCGGCGGCGCGGCACGCGGCCCAGAAGCGUUGGAAUCCUGAAUUGAGACGGCUGUGCCUGAAGACAGCAGGAGUGGCGGGGCCGCCGCCGUCGCCGGAGAGAUGAGCCGGGAAGCUUGAGGCCGGAGACGCCCGCCCUCGGGCCCGUCCGCCCGGCUUCCCCACUCCCGGGUACUGGAAGAUGAAAGAGACUAUACAAGGGACUGGGUCUUGGGGCCCUGAGCCUCCUGGACCUGGCAUAGCCCCAGCUUACUCAAGCCCCAGGAGGGAGCGUCUUCGUUGGCCCCCACCCCCCAAACCCCGACUUAAGUCAGGAGGAGGCUUUGGGCCAGAUCCUGGGUCAGGGACCACAGUGCCAGCCAGACGCCUCCCUGUCCCUCGACCCUCUUUUGAUGCCUCAGCUAGUGAAGAGGAGGAAGAAGAGGAGGAGGAGGAGGAGGAAGAUGAGGAGGAGGAAGUGGCAGCUUGGAGGCUGCCCCCCAGAUGGGGUCAGUUGGGAACCUCCCAGCGGCCUCGCCCUCCCCGCCCCACUCAUCGAAAAACCUGCUCACAGCGCCGCCGCCGAGCUAUGAGAGCCUUCCAGAUGCUGUUGUACUCAAAAAGCACCUCGCUGACAUUCCACUGGAAGCUUUGGGGGCGCCACCGGGGCCGGCGGCGGAGCCUUGCACACCCCAAGAACCAUCUUUCACCCCAGGAAGGGGGUGCGACGCCACAGGUGCCAUCACCCUGCUGUCGUUUUGACUCCCCCCGGGGACCACCUCCACCCCGGCUGGGUCUGCUAGGUGCUCUCAUGGCUGAGGAUGGGGUGAGAGGGUCUCCACCAGUGCCCUCUGGGCCCCCCAUGGAGGAAGAUGGACUAAGGUGGACUCCAAAAUCUCCUCUGGACCCUGACUCGGGCCUCCUCUCGUGUACUCUGCCCAAUGGCUUUGGGGGACCAUCAGGGCCAGAAGGGGAGCGCAGCCUGGCACCCCCUGAUGCCAGCAUCCUCAUAAGCAAUGUAUGCAGCAUUGGGGAUCAUGUGGCCCAGGAGCUUUUUCAAGGCUCAGAUUUGGGCACUGCGGAAGAGGCAGAGCGGCCUGGGGAGAAAGCUGGCCAGCAUAGCCCCCUGCGAGAGGAGCAUGUGACCUGCGUACAGAGCAUCUUAGAUGAAUUCCUUCAAACUUAUGGCAGCCUCAUCCCCCUCAGCACUGAUGAGGUAGUAGAGAAAUUGGAGGACAUUUUCCAGCAGGAGUUCUCUACGCCUUCUAGGAAGGGCCUGGUGCUGCAGCUGAUCCAGUCAUACCAGCGGAUGCCAGGCAAUGCCAUGGUGAGGGGCUUUCGAGUGGCCUAUAAGCGGCAUGUGCUGACCAUGGAUGACUUGGGGACCUUGUAUGGACAGAACUGGCUCAAUGACCAGGUGCAUUUCUUCAAUAGUUUCUUCUAUGAUAAACUCCGUACCAAGGGUUAUGACGGGGUGAAAAGGUGGACCAAAAACGUGGACAUCUUCAAUAAGGAGCUACUGCUAAUCCCCAUCCACCUGGAGGUGCACUGGUCUCUCAUCUCUGUUGAUGUGAGGCAACGCACCAUCACCUAUUUUGACUCGCAGCGCACCCUAAACCGCCGCUGCCCUAAGCAUAUUGCCAAGUAUCUACAGGCAGAGGCUGUGAAGAAAGACCGACUGGAUUUCCACCAGGGCUGGAAAGGUUACUUCAAAAUGAAUGUGGCCAGGCAGAAUAAUGACAGUGACUGUGGUGCCUUUGUGUUGCAGUACUGCAAGCACCUGGCCCUGUCUCAGCCAUUCAGCUUCACCCAGCAGGACAUGCCCAAACUUCGUCGGCAGAUCUACAAGGAGCUGUGUCACUGCAAACUCACUGUGUGAGCCUCGUACCCCAGACCCCAAGCCCAUUAAUGGGCAGGGGGACAUGUGCGACCGACCCUUCCUGAGAAACUCCAGUUCCUUUUCUCUUGUCUCUCCCUACCCAAUUCCCUUUGGUUUUUCAUAUUUAAAUGUUUUGGUUUCUGUAUUUUUUUUUCUUUGAGAAAAUACUUGUUGAUUUCUGAUGGGCAAGAGGUGGCUACAGUAAAGCCCCUUUCUCCCUCUGACUUGCAGGGGAGUGUGGCCUUGUGGCCUGGGUGGGGCAGUCAUCCCCCUUCCAUUUGCCAGGGGCAGGAAAUCAGUGCUGGGGGUGGUGGGCGGGCAACGGGAUAACUGCCUGCCAGAUCUUCAAACAUUUUUUUAUAUAUAUAUAUAAAUGCCACGGUCCUGCUCUCGUCAAUAAAGGAUCCUUUGGAGAUACA